GCGAUAGAAGGCGGGGCUUAUGGACUGACAAGGUGUGUUCAUGAGCGCAUGACCAAAGCGCCCACUUACUUGCCUAGCCACGCUUACCCUGAAUCCCGACCCACUUGUACCUGGUUGAUAACACAAAGAUAUAUCAACCAGCCUUGAUAACUCGAUGCGUCUUGACGGGCAUGAUUUACACGGGAAAAUUGGCGAGAUACCUGUGCAUGUGGCUUGUGACUGACGGACGGACUGAUAGGAUUGAUCAUUGGAAUCAUGCUGUGCAGCUAUUGACGAAGGAUGUGCCACAACCGGCGCAGGCGGUAUUACAAGAAGACAAGAGCCGAGACACGAAAAACGGAUGCUCGUCUGUAAAAGUCGGCCGAGCGCAAGCAGGAUACUCAGAAGCAGAAAUCAGGAUGUACAUGGGGUAUAAGAAAAUAAAAAUAAAAGUAAAGGCUGCUCCUAUCGGGUAA